AUGUCGGACGACGAGAACAUCUCCAUCUACGAUGAGAUCGAGAUCGAGGACAUGACCUUCGACGAAGCCCAACAGUCCUACUUCUAUCCUUGCCCAUGCGGCGAUCAGUUCCAGAUCGCCCUGGACGACCUUCGCGACGAGCAGGACAUUGCCGUCUGUCCCAGCUGCAGCCUCAUGAUCCGAGUUAUAUUUGACAUGGAUGACCUGCCGAAACCACCCCCACCCGCAAGCGAUUCCAACACCCAGAUCGCCAUCGCCGCAUGA